GUUAUAAAAGUGUAGAUUAGUGUCAGAUCAGCAGCUAUCGAGAUGAAGGUGUUGGCGAUCGCGUUGCUUUUCGUGGCGGUCUACGCCAAGCACGAGGAAUAUGCUGGUUACAAAUCCUACUUUGUAGGACAGAAGAACCAAGCACAGCAACAUGCUCUGCAGUCCUUAGAGAAUGAGUUCCAGCUAGACUUCCUGGGCCGUGUGACCAGCAGCCAGGAGACCUUGGUCCUGGUCAAGCCUGAAUUCCAGGCUGCGUUCACCAAGAGCCUGAAAGCCUUUGGCCUGUCCUACAGGGUCCAUGCCGAUGACGUAGUCAAGGCGCUCCAGAAUGAUGAUAGGAUUAUCGAGGAGGUGGUUCAAGAGAAGGCCAGGAAUGGGGGUGCCAGGAUCCCUUAUGACAAUUAUCAGCCUCUAAGUGUCUACGACGCCUACCUCGACGACAUCGCUCGUCGCUACCCCAACGUGGUCACCCUCGUCAGCCCCGCCAACUCCUUCGAAGGCCGCCCCAUCAAGUACCUGAAGAUAUCCACCACCAACUUCCAAGACACCAGCAAGCCUGUGAUCUUCAUUGACGGAGGCAUCCACUCCAGGGAAUGGAUCUCACCACCCACCGUCACUUGGGCGAUCAGGAAACUGGUGGAGGAUGUCACCGAACCUGACCUACUGGAGAGGUUCGACUGGAUCCUCUUGCCUAUCGUCAACCCUGACGGUUAUGAACACAGUUACACAUCUAACCGUUUCUGGAGGAAGACACGUUCGGCUACCAGCAUUGCAUUAUGCCGAGGCGUUGAUGGCAACCGCAACUACGACUUCGCAUGGAACACCGUCGGAACCAGCACCAACCCUUGCUCCGACACUUACGGAGGCCCUACAGCCUUCUCCGAAAUCGAGACCAGGGUUGUUCGUGACAUCCUCCACGAGAACCUUAGCAGAAUGGCUCUGUACCUCACCAUGCAUAGCUUUGGUAGCAUGAUCCUGUACCCUUGGGGACAUGAUGGUUCUUUAUCCAACAACGCAUUUGCACUCCAGACCGUUGGAGUUGCUAUGGCUGAUGAGAUCUUCACUCAUAGUCUCCCUAAUUUCCCUAGAUAUUCUGUUGGCAAUUCUCUUCUGACUAUUGGGUACGGCGCAUCAGGUGCUUCUGAGGAUUACGCUCACAGCAUCGGCGUGCCUCUGUCGUAUACUUACGAGCUUCCAGGGUUGAACGCUGGUAUGAACGGUUUCAUUCUGGACCCUCGGUUCAUCGAGCAGGUCUGCCGGGAGACUUGGGCAGGCAUCGUCGUUGGCGCCAGGAGAGCUGGCGACCUCUUCGUCCCCCAUCCUUAAAUUCUCUAUUUGAAUAAGUUGUUGAUGAUCUUUUUUUAUAAUAAACAUUUUUAUAUUA